GGCCCCGCCUCUGAAAAGGGGCCGAGUUGCCCGCCGAUUUGUCGCACCUGCUAGUAAUUUCUUUUCUUUUCACGAAUUUGUGUAACGAAUCUGAAUCAUCUCACCACUUUUGUGAUUUUUUUUCUUCACGAAUUUUUGUAAUGAAGGCAAAAUGGUAACCAAUUCGUGAGGAAAAAAAAAAUCGCGAAAUUGAUAGGAUAACUCGGCCCCGUUCUGGAGGUGAGGCCAAUUUGCCCUUGGAGCCGAGUUGUCCUGACUUUUUCAGAUAACCGAGCUAGCUCGCUGGAAAAUUUCCAGCAGCUUUAGUACAGACGAGAGUAAAGAUUCUCUAUCGCCAAUCGGAUUGCUUCUUUGUCUUCGUCAUACUCAUACACCUUGCAUCUUACGGGGCAUCUUAUCAAGAUCUAGAUCUAGUAGAUCUACUGAACUGUUAAUACAUUGUUUGCGAGUAAAAGGACAGUUUCAGAAGACAAAAUGAUCUACUCUGCAAUGGUGGUAGUAUGUCUGGUGGUCAUAUGGUUUGUCUUGGGGUUAAUGAUGUGGAAAAUGUACUGCUCCAGUGGUAAAAAUGCAAGGGCCAGGAGGACACAAGAUCAACCUGUCCACAGUACGGCCAGUGCUCGCACAGCUGUUCGGUACUCCCCGAUUAGUGGAACUAUCACCAUAGACCUGCCUACAGGUGAGGAUAAUCCCAGACCCGAUGGAGUGAAAGAAGAAGGAGCAUCAGGACAAGGAGAAUCUUGUAGCAGUGGAAGCAAUGAUGGCUCUCAUUCUAGUUUGAGUAACUUCCAUAGCCUUAAGUCGAAUGAGGAGGCAGAAAGAAUCAGGCCACAUCUCAAUGUUUCACCGAAGAGGGACUUGAGUGUAAUACUGCAUCGUUUUUCUAGACCUCAAACAUUAAGAGGAAUACCGGUCAGUUAUAAGAUUGAAAGAGUGGCUCUGCGUGGUAGAAUAUCAAGCGGUGGUAGUUGUCAUUCAGACUUGAGUGGCCCUCAAAGCCUUCACUCAAAUGAUGACCCUCAGGAAAGAAAACAAGAAGAGAGGGGGAUUACGGUAUACAAGGAUUCAAGUACCAUGUCUGAGCCUAAAACACUAGCUAGUACUGAGGAUGCUGUCUAAGACAACUUCAAA